AUGGAAUCAAAGGUUGCUAAUUUUCUAGAAAAUGACAAUAACAAUGGGAGUGUUCAACCUCGAAACAUUGAUCUAAAGGGUUUAGAGGCAAUUGAAAUUUCUCCUACAAUUGAAGGUGAAGGAUUAAUCCUUUUACUCGUGGCUUGUGGAAAACAAAUUCACGAUAUAGUACCACAUCAAGAGCAAGUUGUUGUUGAGCCUAUUGUUCAAAUUCAAGAAAAUGAAAAUUUGGAACAAGUAAUAGCUAAUUAUGAUCUUGAGCUACACCAAUUGGAUAUCAAAGCUGCAUUUUUAAAUUGCGAUUUAGAAGACGAGGAAGCUGCUGUUAAGAUCUCCUCUAGGACUCCCUUUGAAAAGGGUUGGUCAAGAACUCAAGAUUCAUCAGAGGCACAAGCACAACCAAGGGGCAUCUACUCUAACAGUCCCAACUUAGAAGACUGGGACAAAGUUGAGAAAGUUUGUCAGAUUUUGAAAGUUUUUAGUGAUGCCACAAAUAUCAAUUCCGGGAGUGACUAUCCUACUUCAAAUAAGUUUUUGGCUGAGGUUUGUAGGGUGAAAAUAUUGUUGGAUAGACAUGCAAAUGAUAAGGAUGAUUUUGUUCGGAGCAUGGUGAGGUUGAUGAAAGCUAAUUUUGAUAAGUAUUGGGGAGAGUGUAAUUUGUUGAUGGCUAUUACUGCGGUAUUAGAUACUAGGUGUAAAAUGAGAGUAAUUGAAGGUGCCUUCCCCAAGAUAUUUGGUCCUCAAGAGUCCCGGACACAUGUUGUAAGAGUUCAAGAGGCCUUAUAUGAGUUGUAUGGGGAAUGUGUGGCUGAUAUGCAAUCUUCUAUUGCCCAACGCAGUGCUGAUGUAGAGGUUAGUGGCGGGCCUAGUAGCAGUGGGGUGUUUACGGGAGAUGACUCUUCUGGUUGGUCAGUAUUACUGAGUUUAGUAGAGACAACUGAUACGGUUGCAUCGGAAAAAUCAGAUUUGGAUUGUUAUUUGGAUGAGGGAAGUUACAAAUGUCAAGAAGCUCAUGAUGCUUUUGAUGCUUUGGCUUGGUGGAAAUGGAACAAUUCAAAGUAUCCUGUAUUAUCUAAGAUGGCUCAAGAUGUACUAGCCAUUCCUAUCACCUCGGUGGCAUCAGAGGAUAGUUUUAGUGCUGGGAGUAGAGUCAUCGACACUUAUCGAGCUUCAUUGUUUCCUGAAACAAUCCAAGUGCUACUAUGUGUGGGUGAUUGGUGCUGCAAUCUUAACGGAUUGAAGAAGGAGAGCAAAAGGGAUGUUCAACCAAUGGAGAUUACACUUCCUAUCCCUUCAGCUGAAGUGAUUCAGUAG